GGUGACCCAAGCAAGCGAGGAAGGCUGGAGAGAGAGUCCCAGCUUCCUGCACUCACUAACCCUUUGUACCCUGCCCCUCUCCCUCUUCCCUCCGACCCUCCCCCCGUUUCCUGUAUCCUGCCUCUUGGAGGGAGGGCCAAACUCAUAAACCCCUUCCUCAUCCCCAUGCCACCUGUCACUGACCAUCUCCUUUCCCAGCUUCCCUAUUUCCUGGGAUUUCUCCCCCUUCCCAACCUCCCUUUCCAACGAUGGUUUCUGGGUCCCGGGCCCUGACAUUCCCCCUAAUCUUUCUAGGCUGGUCUUUGGACCCUACUUUCCAGCUCUCCUCCCCAUCGCCAUAGCCCAAGACCCUUUGGAUGGGUUUCCCAGGCUCCCUCUCUCUCUGUCCCGUCUGGGUCAGGGGGGGUGGUGGCCUCGCCUGGUUCUAGACUUUUGGGUCCCUCCCUCCUCGCAGCGGGGCGGGCCCUCUGGCUCUGAGCCCGGCCUGUAGAGCAGCUGCCACUGGCAUAACCCAACUGCAAACCCUUCCCCCUCUUUGCUCCCUCCUCCCCACCAUUUCUCCUCUCCUCCUCCUUUCCACUCCCCCAGGUAUAAGGGCUGGGCCAGGUGAGCCGACUCCUCCUGUCUCUGUCCCAGAAGCCCUAGCAGGCAGAAGAUGAACCACUGGUCCCUCAGGGACACGCCAUAGGAUAAUACUCCCAGAUAUCCAAGAAGUGACCCCCUGCCCCCUCACCCACCCAGGUCAUCAUGGGACAGUGUCAUUCUGCAAAUGCUGAGGAUGCCCAGGAGUUCAGUGAUGUGGAACGGGCCAUCGAAACCCUCAUCAAAAAUUUUCAUCAGUAUUCAGUAGCAGGGAAGAAGGAGACACUGACACCUUCUGAGCUUCGGGAUCUGGUCACCCAGCAGUUGCCCCAUCUCAUGCCGGGCAGCUGUGGGCUGGAUGAGAAAAUCGCCAACUUGAGCAGCUGCAACGACUCCAAGUUAGAGUUUGGGAGUUUCUGGGAACUAAUCGGAGAAGCCGCCAAGAGUGUGAAACUAGAAAACGUGAACAGGGGAAACUGAGCCUCCUCCCCCAGCGCUAACCAGGAAUCUUGGGAAGGCCUCCCCCCCCAGAGACUGUGUAAACAUAAAAAUAAAAGUUUCUCUCUUCUUCCCUAACUCCCCACCCUGUUCCCCACCUUCUCCCCAAGGCUUUGCGUAUACCUUCCUCUCCUAAUGGAGCAUUUAAUAGCUCCAUAGGGUUUUGGGAGGUGGAAUUGGGGGUCCCCACACAGUAGGAGGUAUAGAAGGGGAACCAAGGUGGAGGGUCAGAUUUGUAGGGAUAAUGGUGGCAUGAACUAGAGCAGAGAGGGCAUUCAGAAGGGGCCUGGGACCUGAAUUGACUAAGGGAGAGACAGGCAUGGGGGCAAGAGAUAGGAUAUUUGGUGCUAAAUGAACUUCUGGCCCUCACCCCAUUCUGAAGUGUAACUAUCCAGCCAGACAGGUCCCUUUCUUUCUCCUCCUUUCCUCCUUUCCCUCCCUCUCCUCUUCCACACAUAAAUUCAAGGGACCUUAACCUUUUUAGGGUUUUGUCCCUUCAGAAACAGCAUCAGUCGAGGGGACAGUGGUUGGGCUGGGAUUAGGGAGGGUGUGAUUUUGAGGGUGAGGGGGCUUGGUGCUUUGGGCAUUUUGGAAUGAUGGUUGUUUUGUAUCGUUUGAUUUAAUAAAAAAAAA